CUACCAACUACGACGGUUAUUUCAGCGUAUCUUAGUACAAUAUCAAAACAAAAAUACGAGCUAUCCUCGUACGUGUACCGCAGAGUUCACGCAGCAGCCCUCGAGGCGAGGGAGGCAUCGACAACAAUAGUCAUUCGAGUUGGGCCCGCGCGCGAUCUCGCCCGCAUUCUCCGCACUUACACGUUAUCAAAUAAAAUUUCUUCUAUAAACAUUUGAAAACAAAUUCAACUUUUAUAUGAAAAUAUUUUUUAAUUUGUCGUUUAGUAACAAAUAGUAAGUCUUCUUCAGUCUUUUACAUUCACUUUGAAGUGUAUUUUUAACUUUUGCUCAAGUGUUUUCAGCAGUUACGCUGAAAAUGACAGAAGUUGUGCAGAAUUUUCAACAUUAAUUUAAACAAACUUGUAUCGUUAACAUACAUCGAUGCACUUAUGCAAUCUGAAGUGGUCACAUUAUAAUGACUGCUGUAGUGGCGAUGAGCACCACGACGUCACCAAAGACUUCGCUUGCCAAGCUUGUUCUCUAUCCUAAGCCGAAACCGUUCAAGAUCAUGGUUUUAGGCCAGUCCGGAGUUGGCAAAUCUGCUCUCGUAGUAAGAUUCAUUACUCGAAGAUUCAUCGGCGAAUACGACCCCAAUUUAGAGAAGAUCUACGCAUUCCAAACCGUCAUUGAUAACGAGAUGGUUUAUUUUGAAAUAUUAGAUUCUGCUGGAGAUUCACAUGAAAGUGAAUACGCGAAUCUGGAGAGCAACAUACGAUGGGCGGAGGCGUUCAUUCUAAUGUAUUCAGUCACGGACAAGUGUUCCUUCGACGAGUGCCACCGGCUCAAAUUCCUCAUCAACUACAACAAGAGGAGACGCAGACUCGCUUCCUCUAUGAGGGACAGUGCAAUAGAGACGCCAGUUGUUAUGGUGGGCAACAAGAUAGACCAAAUAGGUGACCGCAUGGUGACCACUGAAGAAGGCCAGCGACGCAGCAAGGAGAUCGGCUGCGUCUGCUUCCACGAGAUCUCAGUCAGAGAAAGUAUUGAUCAGGUAUGGGGUGUGUUCCGUGAUGCGCGACGUUUCUGGCGCGUCAGCAGCAAAUGGUCCCGGCGCGAUGGCGACCGACACCCGGCGGCACUAGGGCGGCCCUUGGCACGAGCAUCGUCCGACACCACGCCCGACACCAAUGCGGCACCACCCUUCUGUCGGCGAUGGACAGAGAUGGAACUGGAUGAAGAAGAUGAGGUGUGCGUGGGGCGCAGUGACUCCACCUCGUCAUCAGGUCGGUCGGAGUGCGGGGACGAGUUCCGAGCUCGCGCCAGCACGGACUCGCGCCUGCCGCCGCGGCCCGCGCGGCCUCGGCACCCGCUCCCAACCCGGCCCUUCCCGACCCCCGUCAGAAGAAUGAGCGUCGCCAUGCGAGGAAACAACGCCAGCACAUAUUGAACCAUUCAUGCUUUGUAACACGACCAAACUUUAACAUGAAUACGAACUACACUACCAAGUACUCGAGUGGUAUUUGAGUAAACUUAAACUUGUCUGAUGCCGAAAUACAUCAAGGUUUUGGAAGAUAAACUGACCUACUUAGAUACAAUGUGCAAGUUUCAUAUUAAGCUUCACCAUAUUUGAGCUGCUUUAUGAAGUCUGGUUUAAGUAGGUUAAAUGUAUGUACACAGAAACUUUGUUUAGCAUAAUGCAUACGGAAAAAGGGUAAACUUCGUUAAUUUUUAUUUUUUUCCCAACUUUUUUGAAAUUCUAAUAGGAUUACGAUAACGGGCUGUGAAAUUACCGAGAAAUUACUGAUCAAUUACCAAACCCUUUUGUUCUCGGUUUCAAUCUCGAUUCCCGUUCCAUUUGGUCGAUCUACGACUUAAAUAAACGAGACCCACCCCAUUAAAAAUUAUGUUCUUCGCCAACAAAAUGCCCCAACAAUCCUUUACAUAAUUACAACAAACAAGUAUGUGGAGUGGAUUCUGUAUUAAUAAAGUUAUAAAGUUUUCAUGUUAUUAUACAACGAAUACGAGAGAUAUUUCAUAAGCGUAGGCAUUUUUUUGUCAGGACCUUUUAAUGAAAAAGUUUCCAUGCAACAUUCCCGCAAUUUUUUGUCCUUUCAGUGGUAAAGUGUCAAACGUUGUACGUUUUACGCAGGAAAUUAAAUACGAGUCAAAAACAAAGAUAUUGAGUAGAACUGACUGCUUUAUUAUAAACUUUUCACUUUACCUUGUUAAAUUACUUACUUCCUGUUUUGUUUUCGUGAGAGAGCAAAACUUUUAAAAUCUUGUUGAAUUAAUCCCUUGUCGUAUCUAUAGAUAGAAUACCUACGAUAUUUGGCGAAAAGGGCUAGGAGUUAUUGAUUUAUUCAAACAGCUUUAAAAACAGGCUAUUUAUGACAGUUAUAAUGUUUUCCUAUUACGGUAUUUUAUGUGACGUCAAGAAUAAAAAAAAUAUAAAUAAUAAUUUUUAAGUAUCUUAGGCGUUCCGAUGAGUUAUUAGACCAAACAUUGUAUGAAAUUUAACUUAAUCGCAAAAUAUUAUCGACGGAUUUGCUGCUAAAUAUUACCUUUUCAUAACAUUUAUUGAAAAAAAACUGUAUACAAACUACUAUUGGCAUGUUAUAUAAGUAUCGAUAAGAUAGUGUACCUGAUUAUGUAAAUGUCAUAUGUUAACUUAAACAUGAUAUGAAUUAUUUAACUCAGCAA